UGUGUGAUCGUCUGCUUCUGGAGCUCGCGUCGUCUCGUAAGCACUGACCGUGAUGCGCUUCUUCUGUCCCGCAGAUCACCAAGCUGAAGAUCGACAGCAACCCGUUCGCCAAGGGCUUCCGGGACUCUUCUCGGCUGACGGAGUUUGAAAGCUGUACUGCGCGCGGCGGCGGCGGCGGCGGGCCCUACGCGCCGCUCAUGGGCAUGUGCUCGCUGUACGGGGCGCGGGGCCGCGCGCCGGGCGGGGCGGCGGCCGCCGCGCGGGGCGCGCCCAACGCAGCGCCGCCGCCGCCGCCGCGGGCGCUCGCUGUGGAACCCGUGGGCGUGCCGUGGCCGUCGCUGCUGCACGCGCAGCCACUUGGCCGCCCGCCGCCGCUCCAGCUCGGCGCUGCGCGCGGGGCGCAGGGCGGCGGCCGGCCCGCCGCACCAGCUCGCGCA